UUAUAUAUAUAAGAUUGGUGAUGGAGAUAGUAACGGUGAUGGUGUGCCCAGCCCCAAGCCACGAACUGUGAGAAAUAGAGAGACGAUUUUGCCCCCUCGAAUUGCGGAAAUUUGCGGGUAGAGAAGAAUUGAUUGGUAUCGUCGCGCUGCACCAUAAAAUUUAUCGUCGCCUCUUGUUUGUUGAGCUGUUGGAAAAGCACGAAACAAGGCGUAGGGAUGGAGAUGUACAUGCACCAGGCGUACAACGCACGUGGCUUGGGAUUGGGAUUGGGAUUGGGAUUGGUGUUGGGGAUUUGUUAGGGUUUGGUAUUGGGAAUUUGGGAAUUUGGGACUGUAUAUCUCUCAGUCUCAGUGGACUCCGUCCAUGGCCAAAUUCCAUGGAUCGUCUCUGGAACUCUGGUGGGACAACGGUCACGGUGGUUGGGCCACUCUUUUAGCUCUGCUCUUCAUUUUACUUUGGCACUCUUCUAAAAGAUUCUCUUUUGUUUCUCGCUUUCCUUCUGCUUUCUCUUCGGCUUCCACUUCAACUUCCGCUUCCGCUUCCGCUUCCGCUUCCUCUUCGGCGUUGGCCUUGCACUCUGACGCCACUACUUCUCGCUCCCGCGCCCCCCAUCUUGGAAUCUCCGAGAUCGUAACAGAUGAAGAUUUAAUGUUUCUCAUUGAAACUUUGGAAGAAAAGAUCAGCGAGGAUGAGAUAUGGCAGAAUGUGAUUGAGAAAAGAAAUGAUAAUCUGUUCUACAGUGCUAAAUGCUGCGAUCCUAAGGAUGGCCCAGUGAAGUACUUGAGUGUGACAGUAUUUGAGAAUUGCUCCCCUGAAAUGUUGAGAGACUUCUACAUGGACAAUGAUUACAGAAAGAUGUGGGACAAGACUCUGCUUGAUCAUAAGCAGUUACAAGUGGAUGAAAACAGUGGAGUUGAAGUUGGCCGAACCAUUAAGAAGUUUCCACUCUUGACACCUAGAGAAUAUGUGCUAGGAUGGAGAUUAUGGGAGGGGAAGGAUAAGACAUUCUACUGUUUUAUUAAGGAAUGUGAACAUCCUUUUGCACCACGACAAAAGGAUUAUGUUCGUGUUGGCUUUUUUAGAUCUGGGUGGCGAAUCAAGAAAGUGCCUGAUAGAAAUGCCUGUGAGAUUAAAAUGUUUCAUCAAGAAGAUGCUGGCUUGAAUGUUAAGAUGGCAAAGCUGGUUUUUGCAAAGGGCAUAUGGAGUUACGUGUGUAAAAUGGAGAAUGCACUUCGCAAAUAUCCAACAAUAAGACAUCCUCAAUCAAGUUCUGCAGCUAAUGCAGUCACUUUGGUCAAAAAGGUUCCCCAUGGGUUAGAGACCACAAAUGGCGUGACCUUGCAAGCAACCUUUGGAGCAAGUGCUGUCGAUGGUUCAGUUACCGGCCGGGAAAAGAAGCUGUCGAAAAGGCCAUCAAGGAAAAUGGUAGCCAAGGGGUUGCUGCUUCUUGGGGGUGUGGUGUGUCUGUCUCGUGGUCAUUCUAGCUUGGGUGCCAAGGUUGUGAUGGCAUAUGUCUUGACCAAACUUAGAAAGCGUGGAGCUUCAUCGAGUGGGAGUGCCUAAACCCCCAGUCAGUCAAGUUUCCCGUAUAUCAGUUAUGGAUUUUCAGAUCUCAUGCCUUGAAGUCUUGACUUGUACAGUUUGUUCUGUUUCUUUCUUUGCAGGGAAGGGAAGUUGGUACGCAGUCAAUGUGACUCUGUUUCUUGUAAAUAUCAAUUAGUGUAAGUUUAUGGUAAAAUGUAAAGAUAAUAUAUUAAAAUUCUUUCACCCCUC